AUGGAGGGACACAACGACAAUGCCGCGCGAUGUCUUCCUAAAAUCCCAAAGCUCUUUACUACAACUGACCAUCCGACCGAGGUGAUACUGUUUUCUGCGUCUGCUCCUGACGAGGAUUCAAUUAAAAGUCGUGCUGUUCAUGGGCUCACGACGUGCGAGACCCACGAUGACAACACUCAGCAGAACGACGGACAAAAGGAGCGAACACCGCCUAGCACCGCUCUAUACUCGACUCUUAUGAGCCCUGGGGAUAGAAAAGCCACGGUCUUCACGAUCAAGAAAGAGCGAUCUUCGCAAGAUGAUGCGACACUUCCACCUUCAUCGGACGUUUCUACACAUUCCGGUGACAACAUUCUGGAGGAGGCUGUUCAGAAACUACCUGAUGUUGCUACCAAAGUUCGCGAGAUGAGUACUAGUCUUUUCAAGAACAAAGGAGACACCUCAGACCGCACAGCAUCGACUGAACAAUCUAGCGAGGUUGCUUCAGCGCUCCCGCCACCUCAACCUCUGACAAGGAGUCGCCUACGAUCUAUUCCCAACACUAAGCUCUACGAUCUUGGUAAAUUAUAUGGCCGGCUUCAAAGUACGAUAGAUGAUUCCCAGGCUGCCACGAUUAGAAGUGACACGUCUCGACCGGCAGACAUGGAUGGCCACUCUAUCGACUCUUCUGAAGCCCCUAGAACAGCAGCCGAGGCUGAAUGCCCGGCCUACUACAUCUUUGACCCCCAUUCGGGUGGCAUGGCAUACUACAUGUAUCGAGAUAACGAUGAGAAAGAAGGCUAUACAGUUGAAAAGGUUUCUUUCAAAUCCACAUCACCUGAAUCAGGAGUGCGGACAUAUCAUCUUGAGGCUUCAGCGAAGGACCUCGGCAAGAUGAUGGGAGAUAGCCAAGAGACUCUAUGGAGGUUCGGCUCUUCGCAUAUUCCUGCAGUAAUUAUUGAACCGGAAGGAUCAGCUUCUCACGAAGCGGAGGCGGACGCAGACGAGCCGUUAUAUGCUGGCGAGGAAGCUACUCAGAGUAUUGCAAGAAAAGUGAGCGAUCGGCUUCAGAAGAUCAGGCACCUAAGAGAACACUUAUAUAUCAUCAAUGGGCAAGGCCAGCAUGUUCCGGAAGCUAGGGGACUAUAUCUUAUUGGCGAUAAAGAUAUACGCGAUGUGGUCAGUAUUGUAUUGGAUGAAACCCUGAAGAACAACCACACCAACGGGCCCGAAAGACCGACUUCCACGACAGAAUCUUCUGAAAGUCGACCUUUACCAAGGCUAGACGAGAGUUCGCAGGCUAUUUUGGUUGCUUCGCCCAUGGCGGUUGAUCCAGCUACAACCAUCAAUCUGCCAAAAACAUCUUACGCCAACAUCAACGCAACAGAUAUGCAAGUUCAUACUAAAACUCGGGGUACAGCUUCGGAGGCAACGACAACUGUAAUUACACGCAGGAGUGUUGCUGAGAUUACCUGGGCUCGGGCAUAUCCUACAGGUUAUGACCUGGAUUCUCGAACCCGUGGUCGAACGGUUUCAGACUAUUGCUCACCGACCCAUGGAGGUUCACGCUCUUGUUCAGACGACCGGCAGCAGAGCCACCCUAAGACAGUCAAAGGUGAUUUUGUCUUGCGACAGUAUGCUACGCCGAAAAGUACAGCUGAAAUCCUAGCGGACAUUAUGUGUAAUAAAAGUUUUGAACAACAACUGAGAGUUAGUGAUGGGACUGUCAUCACUUCUUUCCCGAGACUCUUUUCCAGAGACUGCACUACUACUGGUUGGCUCAACUCACCUGUGGACACUGAAGGCACAAAGAAAUUUGCGCCGUCCAACCUGUACAAACAUGGUGUUGAUGCCCACAGUGGAUUUGACGAAACAGCAUCAUCGGGCUCUCCUGGAGAGACUCCGAAACUUUCUCCAUACAACGACGCCCACUUCGAUGCGAACCCUUUCAAUACAGGCUUCAAUACCUUGCCAAUUGAGGGCAGUCCUUUUCCAACCCUUGCUGCAGAGAGAAGACUGAGUGCUUCGCUUGAUGCAGACUCUCGAAGACGUCAAAGCAUCCAGGUAAUUGGCAUUGAAGAAGAGACACUAGAUGAUCAGAAUGGUCCGCGUCCAAGUCUUAUGAGAAAGAUCAAACAAGGAAGUCACAAGUUCUUUCACAAACAUCAUUUCCGCAAACCAAGUGGAAGGGCUCCAAGUAUAACUUCUGAGGAAGAUGACUCGCAAGAUGACGACAGCUUACGCCCAAAGGACAGCAACAUAGGACAAUCUAGUCAACUCUCACCCAGGCCAGAUGAUUUGGGAAUCCGUGAAGCUGUUGGAGGAGACAGACUCCACGUCCCUGGUCGAAAAGAAGGCACAUGUUCAGAGGACAAUCAGCCGCACGAAUGUGUGAAUGACUUAUCGUCUCGAGAAAUCUCUCCAAAAUAA